AUGAUCCCAGGCUGCAGCGAUUGUUGCGCCCCUGGUGGGGAGGGCAAUCAAGCACAGCAGCAGCAGCCGCAACCAGGCCAACGUCAAGCAGCCCAACUAAAUGUCCCGUCAAAUGCUCAUCUCCACGCUACCGCAGAGUCUGUAAGAUCUGUGACUCUUGAAGAAAGGACUGAAAGAGAAAGAGCUGUCCCCAUUUCUGAGCAAACUGAACGCCAAUGGGUCGCCAUCACUGCAUACCAGCCAGUUGACACCGUUGUCAAGACUGUAGAGGUCCCCGUCGUGAGGACAAUCGAAACAUACGUGCCGAAGGUAGUGGUGGAAGAGAAGAUUGUGGAGGUUCCCAAGUUUGUACCCGAAUACGUCGAAAAGAUUGUGGAAGUCCCUGAAGUCAAGGUAGUCGACAAGAUCGUUGAGCUCCCACGCUAUGAAUACCAAUACAAAUACGUGCACAAGAUUGAGACACAGGAGAACAUCAUUCAGCGGCCAAAAUACGAGACCAAGUACGUGGAGAAAAUUGUCGAAGUUCCUCAAGUCAAGGAAGUCGUUCGCUACCAGGAUGUUGAAGAAGUUGAAGAGGUCAUCCGGUACGUUCCAAAAGGACAGGUGGCAGAGGAGGAGUGGGAAAAGCUCAAGCAGAAACACGAAGAGGAGGUCAAGAUAGAAAAAGAGGCAAGAGAAGCUCAGUAUAAGGCUGAGCAAGAGUACCAGCAGUUAAUCGCAGAGGAACAGGCUGCCUAUGAAGCCAAACGCAUGGGCCUGCCAAGUGUAGGAGCUGCACCUUUGCCUCCAGCCCCCCGUUUGGAACAAGUCUUCAAGCCAAAGGUUGUGAAGACUGUCGAAAUCCAAAAACACGUCCCGGUCUCCGUUGAUGUUCCCGUGCCUUACAUGGUGCCGAAGCCCAUUGUCGUUCCAGUUCAGGUUCCGGUUCUCAAAUUCAGGGACCACUUUGUUCCAGUUCCCGUGAGACGCCGUGUUGUUCCUCGCAUCCGAUGGACAAACGAAGUUUACGAGGUUGAGUGCAUUAAAGAGAAGCCCUACCUUCAGGUCCAGGACAUCAUCAAGCCUGUACCAUGCGAUGUUGAAAUCAAGGUGCACGAAUUCGUAGAGAAAGCACAGCCAAUCAAUCCUGCGGAACUUUCACAGGCAGAUGUUCAUGCAAUGUGGAUGAGAGUCAACGCUGACUUGGCGGAGAAGAGAAAAGAAGAGCUGGGCGAAAAGUAUCCGUAUGUACAACACCCCGAAGGCACCGUAUUUGGCGAGCCUGGCAGCAAGCGGACAGAUGAAAGCGCAGAAGGAGCAGAAGUUAGCGACCCCGAGGCCCGUGAAGGAGUCGAGCCACUGGCAUUGCACCCUGGGCAUCCUCUUAACAUGACAUACCUUCAGAACGAAUGGAUCAAGAAAGAAACUACUGCAACUCACGAGAUGUACACACCCGAGUGGUUCGAGGCUCACCAGAAGGCAAUGCACAACUUGACGAUGCAGUACCCGACGCAAGUUCAGCUGUCAGCAGAACAGGCUGCACGCCUCCAGCAAGACUCUCAGACAUUCGGCGAGGCACCCUGGGUUGAAGUGGAUGAGCAUGGACUGCCGAAGCCGAAAUCACAGAAAACCGAACAGACAUCUAAAAGCUGCAGCGUCUGCUCAGCCUCAUGCGGAGGAAGCGGCAGCUCAUGCUGCACGUGUGGAGGCGACAACUAA